AAAAGCCUGCAUACUUUUGAUGACCUUGUUUCGAGUUUAUCAAAGACUAGGUUUGCCAGUUAGUAUACGACGCAGAAGAUUUGUCUCUCCUUUCCUAUAACGAUGAUCCAAGACCGCGAUGAUGAAAAACUUGGCAAUUCUCGCCGUCAUUACAGUCCUCGGAAACCCAGAUAUCAUACGAGCCACGAAGGCUCGCCCAGUCGAAGGUAGAUAGCCGUGAUUCCAGCCAGUCAUUUGAGCUGCUUGGUCCAUCGUAGAACCUGUUAUAGUCCUGAUAUUGCACAAGACUGCGGCAUAUAAUGAGACUCAUUUUCGGCAAGGAGUUUUGGACAUCGGUUUCUAUUGCCCGAAUGGGCUUGAUCGGGAUCAGUCACGGACCCAAACAACCGCAUCGUGGAAAUGCCACGGCCGAAACCCCCGGUCCGAGCGGUCCGGAUCAGAAGAUAAUCCAGAAACUCAGCGGCCGGACAGUCGCAUCCCCGGCGCAUGUCCUACAGAUGGGUCCAACUGCACGUCUUCUCACUUGGAGACGUCCCCUCGCGUGCUCCAAUUUCAUAAGCGUUGUUUGCUUGUUUGUCAGAGGCUACCUCAGGGGAGAGAGCUCCCCCAGUACGAGGUGGACGCGCCAUGGAAAAUCAGAGAGGCAAACAAAAGGCGCGCUUGUGACGGGACAAGCGACGAAGCGUCCAGCUUCCAAGCCGCGCAAGUUGGCCAUCACUCUAAGCCGCAAAGCCGCAACACCGAGCAUGGCACGUAGGAUCUCAAGAGAAAAUGCUACACAGCCUCGUCUCGCCCAGUUGCGACAGGCGAUAACCAAAGAGACGGAUCCCGUCCCGUCACCCAAGUCGGGCCACGUGCGACUUGGUUACCCGAACAGCUGGCAGGUCUCGUUCCUCUGCGUCGCCAAGUGCAGCAAUCUUCGAGGCCAAGACUUGAUCGUAGGAACAGAGAGAUUCCAGGCUCUUCUCGCUUUCAGCUUUGAGAGAACGGUGGCCUUCACCGCUAGAAAAGAAGGGGGCUGAGUGGUUUGGUCAAGACAGUCUAGAGGUCCCGCCAAGGACUCGGCAGGAGCAAUGAAAAAUGACGCCCAGGUUGCCGAGGCACAAGUCAAGAUUGCACUGAGCUCAAUGCCAACACACACGCCAAGCCUAUGCCAAGAAAUAUUACCAAAAACACGUGGAACAGCAGUUGGGACGACGAUGAACAAAAAGGAAAAAAUUCUAUUCACUCAACCUGACAAGACACCUAGAAAAACAAUUGUGACCUCUCUACGGUCCAGUCAUGAAGCAGAAACAGCUGCUACCAGUGAGGAUCCAACGCCGCUUGUGAUGGUGUCAAACACAAAAGAGCCUCAUGCCAAUAAUAUGAUAAAUCCUGCCGAGUCGUGACU